AUGGUAGUCCCAUCCAGUAUAAUUAUACCUGCACAUUCUUUAAGUUCAGAACGUAAACGUCCUACCGAUACAACAUCUGAAGAUAACACAUCAAGUACAGAAGAGAUAAAGAGGCCACGUUUAGAUGAUACAGAAGCAGGGAAGAAUCGUAAUAGACGAUUAUUCGGUGCUCUAUUAGGCACAUUAAAUAAAUUUAAAGAUGAAACAGAAAAAACAAGCGAAAUUGAUAAGAAAAGACAGGCCAUUAACGAAAAGUUACAUGAACGAUUAGAAUUAGAAAAGAAACAGUUAGCUGAAAAACUUAAAGCUCGUAAAGAGGAAAAAAUGCGAUUAGCAGAACAAAAGAAGCAAAUAGAGCAGAAAAUGUGGGAGGAAAAGAAGGAACUAGCUGAAAUUAUCCAAAAUGAAAAAUUAGCAAAUUUUUUAAAAACGAAUGUUGCUCAACCUACCUUAUAUUACUUACCAGCAAAAUUAACAAAGGAGAUGGAGGAAAUAAUUAAAACACAAAAAGAAAAAGCAUCAGAGGCGAGAAAACGCUUUGAAAUGAAAAAUGAUGAAUCAGAUCAUGAUGAUCGUCACCAUCAAAAUAAAAGUUCAGAAGAAAAUAAUAAAGAUAAUUAG